CUAUAUGAUAUAAUCCAGAUAAGCAGUAUGCACUGGGAGAAAUCGCCACCACCAGGCCUGGCCCGGUCCAGACCGUACCAAGGUGUUCGAGUCCGAGACCCGGUCAAAGAGCUGCUGAGGAGGAAGAGAAGUCUGGAGCCGCACAGCACCAAGACGGCGCCUCCUGCUGCGGAUGUGGUCACACACAACAACCAGUCAUCAUACACACAAGGGAUGUUUGUCCCUGACGUUGCCGAGCCGGCGGCGGCGGUCACUGAUGGAGGGCUGCAGCAGUGUGCAGGGUGGAGAGCUGCACCGUCUGGUGGCGGCCUGCAGCCCGGUGUGACGUCGUGGUCUUCAUCGGAAUACAACCAGCAGGAUGCCUCGGCUCAGACUCUGGCCUACCCUCCGACCUCCACCCUCACCGCUGACGUGUACAUGCAGACUCUGUGCCCCAGCUACACCAUGCUGACCUACACACACACACCGCUGCUCACCAACUUUGGGACCAUACCUGUGGCCCCAGCACCCGGCUCCAUCCCUCAGAUGGAGAUCCCAGACUCAGGGUUGACCUACCUCCCCUGGGCCCAGCCGAUCACCACCAUAUCCACCAUGUCGAAUCAGGUCCAUUUUGGCCCCGGCUCUGCAGCCCUGCCCGGGUCUCCUCUGCUCCACAUGCCCAUGCCCAUGUCUUUGACCACCAUGAUACCUCAGCUGGAGGCUCCUGGCGCAGAUCAUUCGCAGAUACUGGACCUCCCGCAGCGACCAGAGCACCAAAUGGACCCGGAUCUACAAGGCCAGUCUCUGGAUGAAGAUCCAGUGGUGGAUGCGGAGGCACCGAGCCUCCUGGAUAAACUUCUGGAGGAUCAAAAGGGUGACGAUGAAGAGGAGGACAAAGACUCGUACAGCAGCUCGCUCUUCAUUUCAAAUGCUUGAAAAUAUGAGAGUUCUUCUGUUCAAAGAGAGAAGCAUUUUGUUUCUGUUUGUUCCUCAGGGACCAUCUUUAAAGGAUAAUCUGGGUUCAUGACAACUUGUAUUGAUUAUCAAAUAUGCUUUAGGGCGGGGCUACACGGUGAUUGACAGGUCUCCACCACAUUGUCUCUAGUCUGGGAGUUGUCCUUAUUUUCGUCUGAUUAUAACAGUUUUGGUUGCCUAAAAAGCAUCUUAUUUACUUUGCUAUUGUUUCCGUUAACUCCGCCCUCUCGUGUCAGUUCUGGUUGCAAGAAACCAAGAUGGCGACGACCAAAAUGCCUAACUAGAGGCGUCAAAACAUUAGUCCACUUCUUAUAUACAGUCUAUCACAACUCCCCCAAAAUCCCAACCACUCAGGGACCCAGGCCCCAAGAUAGUGUUUUUGGUAAUUAAUUACAAAUGUAUUCACUGAUAUGCACCACUAAAGCUCAAUAACAGGGCUUAAAUUCUGCUGUAAAUCAUCUCAACGGACGGAGCUUUUGGCCGUCAUAAGACUAAUUUCAAACGAGUAUGUA